AUGUGGGAGUCUUUGAUGACUGAUAAUCAGAUUGUGCUUGUGCCACAAUUGGGUGACCAGAUCUUGAACACCAAGUUGCUGGUUAAGGAGCUCAAGGUUGCUGUGGAGGUAGAGAGAGAAGAAAAUGGGUGGUUUUCGAAGGAGAGCUUGCACAAAGCUAUUAAAAGUGUGAUGGAUAAAGACAGUGAGGUGGGCGUUAUGGUAAAGGAGAACCAUGCGAAAUGGGUGGAAACGUUAUCAAGUCCUGGGUUUAUGAGUGGCUAUAUUGAUAGGUUUGUUCAGAAGCUGAAAGAGCUUGUAAAUUAA